UUCUGCAAACAUAAAAAUAUCACUAAGAAGAUUGGCGAAUGCUUUCAAUUCUAGAUCGUGAUCAGGUAGUGAUUACGUAGAGCUAGUUUUUUUAUUGUGUGAGAUGAAAAUAGCGGCGAAAUCAUGAGCGCGUUCAAGAGAUAUCAGAGCAGAGUGUUCUGGGAUCAGAUGGCCACGCGCGAUCUGAAAGAUGAUCGCUUUGCAGAAAGAAAUGGUCUUCCGAAAUGCGACUCCUUUGAAUUUCCGCCCCAUGAAAAAGACGUGGAAAAAGAAGAUUCGACCGGCAAGUCGGAAAACAAUACAGUGAAUAGCGGCGAUAUCACCGCGAUACGUGUUUGCAAAAGUUCCGAUGAGGAUCCGAAACGAAACGCGUGUCCAAUUUCGUCGAUACGCGACGAAAGUAUUGCGCGUCGCAGGAUGGACGUGGAAGAAACGAAGGAAGAGAAGCGCGAGAUCAUCUCGAGGAAUAGAUCCUGCAGUCCUCUGAGUCAAGAUCUCAAAAGUCAGGAUUCCGGAUUUUCCGAUUCCGAGAGAUCGGAUUGUUCGCAAGCUUACGAAAACGCGACUCCAAGGCGGAAGUCAAGACGGAGGAGGAUGAGAGAACGAAGAAUUCAGUCAACGAUCGCUUCACCGUCGUUGGAAGAAGCAUCUCCCCCGAAUCCGAUGCACACGUCCACACCAAAAAACUCCAGGAUAUUCCAGAUAGCGAGGAAUCGUCUUGGAAGAUGGAAGACGAGAAGUUCAUCGCAAGGACGCAGUGUACUCAUCAAGAGCGAAUCGCAUCAUUCCAGGAGCAUUGACGAGACACAGAGCAAUGCACCGAAGACAUUCUCCGUUGGAUCGCUGGAGGGCGAGUGUCUGGGCGAUUUUCUGUACACGUCCGAACCACCGGAAGACAGCGUUCAGCCAGCGAAAUCGCCGGUUUCCACUGAUUCCACGGAUGAUGCGAUAACCGCCGGCAGGGACGUGUUAAAAUCCAGAAAUUAUCGCCAAUCGUCGUCCAUGAGGGCCUGGCUGACCGAUCUCGCCACGGAGACCGAGAAUGAGUGCAGCAAUGCUCUUCAAAGCAAGAAUUUGCCGCGCAGGAGAGCACUGGUGGUAUCCGGAGAGGCACACGCACGCGAUCUCAAGAUGAUGUCUUCCGCGGCUACUGCAGCCGCGAGCAAACUGUUGGCUAAUGCGGAGCAAUUUGAGCAACACUAUCGCAACAUUAUCGAAAAAAUAACCCGCCUGGAAGGCGGCCGAUCCGAGAUGGCACUUCUCCGUAGCAUCGAGGAAGCCGCGUUCGCGAUUCUCUCGCAAUUGGGAGCGCCUCCUCCGCGGCGGAUUCAACAAGGCAGUCUGAGGAGCGUUCUCGCGCAGCUGCAAAAUAUGAAGACAUACGUCGAUGGCACGAUCGACACGCGCUUAGACUUCUACAUAGAGAAAAUAGUUCGCGGUCUCGAGGAAGCGCCGCGCGAGGACAGCGGCAUAACCAGAGGCGCUUUGGCGGCUUUAACCGCCUUGGGAUUGUCGGAUUCCCGUGCGGGAAGUAGCAUAGCCCGGUGCUCCGGGAUAAAAGCGCUUCUGACGUGUCUCAUCAGUGUCGGUCCUCGAGAUCCGUUAUCAUCGGGCGACUUGAUCGCGGUCUCGUUGCGUGCUCUGGCCAGCAUAUGCUCAUCGACGACUGCCAUCGAGUACUUCGUCCGAGACGGUGGUCCUGAGAUUCUCACGGACUUAUUAGAAGCAGAGUCCACUCGCGAGAAGGAGAAGACCGAAGCUACCGCCUUGGUAGUUCAGAUCACAGCACCGUGGACCAACGCAAUAGGUUUGCCUUACCUCGAGCCUUUCGCAGCUUCCCUGAUACCGGCGCUAAACCAUCUGCUCGAGAACACUGGUUGCGCUCAAACGCUGCUGUUGACGGCUGCUGCACUCAAUAACUUGUCCAAGUCACAACUGUGCACCGACGUUAUAUUGGGAGAGGACAGCGUGAGGAAGCUUCUCAGGAGUGUAAAGAAAUCCGCCGCCGGCGGCAAUGUCUGGCUGAUGGAGCAGGUGGCCGCAUUGAUUGGUGAAUUGGCGCGCACUCCGGCGGGCCGAGCGCACUUGGCGAAAGUGCGCGCCUCCGUGGCGUUGGUAUCCUUCCUCAGAAUGAGACCGCCCGGUUUGGAGGACGCAUACCGGCGACUGGAAGUCACCGCGGCCGCCGCGCUCACCAGGCUCUGCGUGGAUCCGGAAAUCGCGCGACAAGUGGUCGCAGUCGGUGGCGGCGAUUUUCUCCCGGUUUGUGACUUCGACAAGCGGGCCGAAACGGAAGAAGACGAGCCUCAGGUAGAAACGGGCUUGUUAAGAUAUACCAGAUCAUUGAGGCGAGCAUGUAGGAAAGCGGCGAAGCAAAUCGGAAUCGCAAAGGCCAAGGAUCGCAGCACGUUGGAUUGAGGAGAUAGAAUUCAUAGAGAAAGGAUUCAUCGCGCUGGUUCCAGUCGACAAUGAAAGGUCGCGCAUAGUAAUAACGGGGCGCUGUAAAUAUAUAUUAUACAACAGUAAUUACAAUAAACUAUAAUUACAAUACGUUUUAUAAUAUAGAAAUAAUACGAAAAACAAAUUGAUUCAUGAUUAAAAAGAGAUGUACAGUAUAGUACUUAGUUUCGUGUUUUGUAUCUUUAAAGAUACAAAUUUAUACUAUGUAAAAAUACGGUAUCUUUCAGCCGUAAAAAAUGUGCCAUACUAUAAUACAUUUGUAAAACCUUAUAAAAAAUAUUAACCAUUUUAUUCUUUA